AAUAAUUUAAUUAAAAAAAACUAAAUAUAAAAAGCAGAAAAAGAAUGUCCCAAAUAAAAAGUGGCUAAGGCAGUUUUGACAAUUUGAUUAGCGAUAUCCUAAAGUAAAUUAAAUAAAAUGAGUAGAUUAUGAAAAGUUUAUUUUAUCAAGCAGAGGAAAUAUCAUUUAAGAUUUAACCAAUAAUUAAAUAUGAAAAUUUAUCUGAAUGUAAAAUGAGUUAGAUACCAAUUCAGAAAUUAUUAAAAAAAAAUUAUAAAUCAAUUAUGUACAUCAGCGGAGAUGGAAAUUGCUUCUACAGAGCUUUCAUGAUAAAUUAUUUGAUAUAAAUAUUUUCAACAUAAAAUAUUUAAUUAAUAGAGUUGCUGAUAAGAAAUACUUACAAUUUAAAUGAAAUACAUUUAAAGUUGACACAUUAUUAACAAAAUAUAAAUUAGCAAAUUUAGUUAUCAAUAAAACUUACCUUUCUUUAAAGUCUUAUAAAGUGGUAUUAAAUUUCCACUUAAAAAGCUAAUUCAUCAAACUCUUCAGGCCAAACCCAAAUAAAGCUUCUAGCAGAAACAAUUUUCAAUGAUUAUAGAGAUAACUUUUGCUUAGAUUUGUGCUCGGUUGUUAUUUGCAAAAACCUUAUUUAUGAGGUAUUCAAGAGUUUGAAAGGUGAUAUUAAUUGUUCAUAAAUAAAAGCUAUUGAUAUCCAUGCCGAAGAAGAAAUACCUCAAUUGCUUUUUAAAUACAACGAGUUUGCUUAAUCGUUUUGUAUUUAUUGCGCCCCACAUGCAUUCAAAUGUUAAUUGAAAACUAUUUUAGUAGACAUUAAAAAGGAAGACAUAAUAGAAUUCUAUUUUCAAAAUAAAUAUCUUCAGUAAAGUAACAACCUAAUUGAGAUCGAUCUACUUCUUAUGAACUAACAUUACUACAUUCUUUUUAAAUCUUUGGCAGAAGAUCUCAAUAUUUAAAGCUACAAGAGUUCUUUUUUUUAACAAGUAAUGGAACAAAGUAUCUUAAUAUAAAAUUAGUUUAUAAAAUCAUAAGAUAUGUAAGCAAGUAGCAUAAAUUAAUCAAAUAAAGACCAAAAAUGCCAGAAAUGUAAAAAAAAAUAAGAAGAAGUCAUCUUUUUUGAAAAUGGAUUCUAGUGCUUACGAUGCAUUUAAAAUUAGUUAAAUAAUUAAACUAACAAUAAAAUAAAUUAUUACAUUUCGAUAGAAUAGGAUGUCGAAAUUGAAAAACAAUUAAUAAAUUAAGCUUUAGGAUUAGAAGAAUAAUAUAGCAGUAAAUAAGAUAAUUCAGUGAUGGAAUUUAUUUUUUUUAAUGAUAAUGACAUUUGUCAAGAAUGUAACUCAAAAAAUAAAAAGGUUUAUAUUAUCUAGGAUAAUAAAUAAUAAUAUUGCUGGGGUUGCCUACAAUUUUUAAAAAUGCACAAAAAAGAUGAAAAAAUCUAAAAAGCUUAUGAAUUAAUAUAAAAAAAAUAGGUCAAAGAUAUAAUAUCUACUUUCUAAAAAUGUAGGCAAUGUAAUAAAAGCAAAAAUGAAUUAUUUUAAAAUGUUUGCAUGGAAUGUAUUCAAAUAAUAUCUAAGAUUGAAUUCAAUGAGUAAUAACAAAAAUAAUAAUAGUAAUAAUAAUAAAUUUAAAAUUAAUAGGAUAAAAUGAAUUAAAGCAAUAAUAAAAAUAAUAAUAAUAGCAAAGUAAAAGAGAAUAAUAGCAAUGAAAUCAACUAUUUUAAUCAAUAGCCGCCAAAUUAGCUACAAUGGAAUAACAAUAAUAAUAAUAAUUUAACUAACUCAUAGAAAAAUCUAAUAAAUUAGCAGCUUGGGUAAUAAUCGAAUAAUGAAAAUUUUUAGGCAAAUGGUUAAAAUAUCUAAAAUAAUUUAUUAAACGAAGGUCAAAAAAUAAAUAAUUAACGAUAAUCAUAAUUUAAUUUUUAAUAAAAAGUUAAUUUUAGCAGUUUUCCUUAGAAAUAGAAUUAAUAACAAUAAAUCUAGUAAUAAAACUUUCCCUAAUAGAAUUAGCUUUCUUAAAAUACAGAAUCUUCUAAAUAAUUUGUUUUAUAGCAAAAUUAAUUCUAAAAUGGAUAAAAUUUUCAAAAUAUGAAUCCAUCGCAUAACUAAAUGUAUUAAUAGAACUAAAAUAACCAAUAAUCAAUUAACAAUAAUUAUAAUUAGAUAUAAAAUCAACAAUAUUUAAACCAGUACUAAAGCUGGUAAUAACCCCAACAGAUGAGCAACUAUAAUUAAAACAAGUAUCCCAAUUAACAAUAUUUUGAAAAUUAAAAUAAUUAAAAUUAAGAUAACUCAUAUUAGUUUGGAAAUAAUUAAAAUUAUGUGAAUGUUUAUUAGUUUGGAAAUAAUUCAUUUUAAAAUUAGCAAAACUAAGGAAAUAUGAAUAAUUAGUAAACUAAUUCUAACUAAAUUUGGCAUUAAUAAUCUAAACCUCUGAUUGAGAAUGACAAUAAUAAUAAUUAAAAUUAAUUUCAAAAUUAAAAUUAAUUUUAAAACUAAUUUAACUAGCAACAGCAAUAGAAUGGAAAUGGAAAUUAGUUAAAUAAUAACUAAAUUUAAAAUUAAAUUUAUAGCAAUAAUAAUAUGAAUUAUUAGUAAAAUUAAAAUGAGAAUUAAUCUCAACAGAAUAAUAAUUUUAACUAAAUUUAAUUAAAUAAUUAGAAUUUUUAAUUAAAUAAUUAAUUUCAAAGUCAAAAUAAUUAGGACAAUCAUAUUUUUCAACAAUUUUAAAAUAAAAGUUAGAACAACCUUCAUGUGUAGAAAGAUUUACCAAACUAAAUUCAAAGAUUUUCAAGCCAAAUAAACCAAAGUUAAAUUCCCCAAGUAAAUAAUCAAAAUUAGAAUGAUUAAAACUAAAAUUUAUGGUUUGGAAACUAAAAUUAGCAACAAUAAAAUGAAAAUAAGCAGUUGUAGAAUUCAAAUGUUAUAAAACAAAAUUAACAAUCACAAAAUAAUAUCAAUUAAAAGCAGCAAUUUUUUUAAUAGAAUUAGCAGUUAUUUUAAAAUCAAAAUUCGCAUAUAUUGGAAAAUUAGAAUUAAUUAUAGUCCUAAUUUUUAGAAAACAAUAAUAUUUAUUUAGGGUUAUAGGAUUAAAACAAUAAUAAUACAAAAAAUGUUGUACUUAAUUCAUAAGAAUUCUAUCCUAAACCAUUGAGUGAAUAAGAAAAAUAAAGCUUAGAUUAUCCUAACAGUUUCAUAUAAAAUAAAUUGAAAUAAUAAGGAAAUAUGGAAACAAAUAAAAAAAUGGAUAACUAAAAUUAUUAUUAAAACAAUAACUAAUAAAUUUAAAAUAAUUUUUUUGGUAACUAAAUGAUGUAACAAAAUAAUUAAAUUAAAAACUAAUAAAACCAGAUUAAUGUUUAAAAUUAACAAUUAUAAAAUCCUCCUCAAUUUUAAAGUAAUCCUUAACCAGUAUAGCAAAAAUAGUUACUUCCUUUUUAGCAAGUUUAGUAAAAGAAAAAUUUACAUUUUAUUCAAAAAAAUGUAAAUGAUAAGUUUGAUUAGCAAUAAUAGCAGUAAAAUUAUAAUUAAGGAGAUCAAUAAUAUUAAUAAAAUAUGUAUUCAAACUAGUAAUAAUAAAUUUAAAAUAAUCAGCAAAGUAAAAUUUAAUAUUAACCUCAAUUUAGUGGUUAAAAAAGCAACAACAGCAAUAAUAAUAAUCCUUCAAAUAAUUAUUUUGUUCAAAGUUUUAGCUGAUUUUAUUGAGUGUUUUAUUUAAAAUAUUUAUUUCUUAAAAUUCGUGAGAGAUUUAGUUUUAUAUAGAGGAAAUAAAUACAUACAUACUCUUAAAAUAAGAUUUAUAUCUAAUAUAUUUUUAUAGUUAAAUAAAUAAAUUUCUUAAUAUGAAAUUAGUUUAUUUUUUAUAUUAUAUUUAAAAAAUGAAUGAGUCUGAUCUGAGCUUAUUAUUGUUUAU